UCAACACUGCAAACAACAGCACCUGGCAUAAAGUGUGCUGUCAACGGUGCGUUUGUCGUGCAAACCCACUUGGAUUAGAGCCCGCUUUAGCCAUCAUAAACUGGUGACUUUUCUUUCCUCCGCCCGCCACCAGCCAUGGGUGUCCUCUCAUACCUGAUCGGCUCGCUCACGGGGGUCACUCCGGCGAGCCAAGGGGACAAUAAAACACCGCCUACCGCACCAACCUCAGCAUCAACAAUAUCAACACCAUACUCGCCACCGGCAUCAACCCCAGCCCAACCAACCGCCCCACCCCACCAAGGCCAGCCAUCAUCACCACUCCCACCACCCGGCCAAAACCCCCAACAAAUCGACUACUACGCCCACUACUUCUCCGCCCGCUCCCUCAAGCAGCUGACCCUCUUCCUCGGCGGCGCGGGCUGCUUCUACCUCUCCGUCAUGGUCUCCCGGCGCGCGGCGAUCCGCCACCAGCUGGCGGCGCGGCUCAAGUUCUACCAGCCGAACCAGUUCGUGUGGCGGUCCGAGAAGGACCUGCCCAACAAGAAGGACCCCAUGGUCGCCUUCGAGGCCCUGAAUUUGGCUACCCUCAACACCAUGGCCUUCGCCAUCACGGCCGCGGGGGGCGCGUCGUGGGCGCUGGAUAUCGCGGAUAUGGAGGACCUGCGCCGCUACGCGCGCCGGUCGAUUGUGGAGGCUGGUGGGGAGCGGGAUGAGGCCGCCGAGAGGGAGGUCGCGGAGUGGAUGGUGUCGACGUUUGGGCUGGGGGGGGAGAAGGCGUUGGAGGGGUUGGAGGCGGAGAAGAAGGGGUUGGAGGGGGGGGGAGAAGAGGUCAGCGGGGGAGAAGAAAGGGUGAUGGAUGGGAGGUGGGGGUGAGGUGGUUUUGUGUUGAUUAUGAGCCUGCUGCGGGCGGGGGUGAUGAUGGUGUAUGCAUCGAGAAUGUAUUCGGAACUGUGGGAUAUUAACGGAUCGGUGCAGUGCAGGUUUUAAGCUGUCGGUGUACGAUAUAUGGCGAUUUGCAUCUUCUCUCAAGGAAAAUCAAGAUACCCGGCAAACUUGGCCACGAACUGACCUCCGAUAUCAUAACGUUCUACGGAGAACCGAACGCCGAAGGG